GUCCACCAUCUCCAUUCACCCACUGUGCGUUUGUCACAACAAAGCAACGCACUUUUUCGCAAAUCCAAAACAAGGAGAUUUCAUCUCUGGCGUAAUCUUUUGCCGUUUCGAAGAAUUGCUUGUCAAUGUAGAUUUUCAACGAAUCCUAAAGCAACAUCCACCUACCUAUUUCCAGCGUGGGCACGUGUGUAACAUUAUGUCCCAGCACUACAAGAACUUUCUCAGUCUUCUGGAGCGGUGGCCUCUCGAUAAAAGUAAGGUGGGACGCGAUUUGGGCCAGUACCUGCGGGAUCAGCUGACCGCUGUGCUUGGUUCCUCCAACAUUGUUGCGGUGAAGGACGACCGGCUCCAAAAGCAGUUCCGUUCGCUCGAGAACAUCGUAAACGACGUGCACGUGAAUCGUUAUCCGCGUAGUCUAAAUUCUACCGCAACCGGACUCACUGGCGAACAGUGCCGUGAAGUGUUAUCUACCGAGUUCCUACAGAUUCUGCAGCGCAAGGAUUAGUGCGCACGAUGCUGUGGCACAACGUUCGUAGUGUAGUUAGGUUAAACGUAUUGGAACAAUGUUAUUCGACUGCCAGCUGCAAAGCACCACUCCAUCGUGCUGUAAUGGCCACGGAAACGGUAAAAUUCUUCGAACCACAGCGUGAACAGGUCUUCAUCGAUAUGACCUUCGGUGCCGGUGGUCACACACGAGCCUUGCUCGAAGCUGCACCCGGCUCAACGGUGGUCGCCCUGGACCGUGAUCCACUCGCUCAUCGGCUGGCGUGCGAAAUGGCCGAAGAAUUCCCCGGUCGUGUUGUACCGUUGUUGGGCAGAUUUUCCGAACUGCCAGCACUCCUGCGAACGGUGGACGGUUACGACCGGCAGCGAUACUUUAACGGCAUUCUGUUCGACUUCGGAUGCUCAUCGAUGCAGUUUGAUGAAGCGUCCCGCGGAUUCUCUCUGUCACGCGACGGCCCGCUCGAUAUGCGCAUGGAUAAGGAUCGUUGUCCGGAUCAGCUGUCGGCGGCCGAUGUGCUGGCACGCAUUCAGGAACCGGAUCUCGUACGCAUCCUGAAGGUGUACGGUGAGGAGAAGCAGGCGAAAAAGAUUGCCCGAGCGAUCGUGAACGCACGCUUCACUGUCAAGCGUAUCGAAACGACGGCCGAGCUGGCGAGCAUCGUUGCGCACUGCUUGAGCCAGGGCGAGGUCGGUGGCGGGUUCGAUUUUCGCCAGGAUAAGCUCCGUCGACCGGCGCACGUAGCUACGAAAACGUUUCAAGCGCUGCGCAUCUUCGUCAACAACGAGCUGAACGAAAUCAAUUACGGGAUGGUGCUGGCGAAGCAUUUGCUACGGACCGGCGGCAAGCUGGUGACGAUCGCGUUCCACUCGCUCGAAGAUACGAUCGUGAAGCGGCACCUGACCGGACACGUGGUGGAUGACGUGGCGAGCAAAGUUCCGUUGCAGUACAUUAGCCACACGCUGGCACACGAAACGGACACGAUGCAGGAGAUGAUGAGACCGCACUGGAAGCAGAUCAACAAGCACGUGCUGGUACCGACCGAUACUGAGGUGGCCGAAAAUCCGCGAAGUCGUUCCGCCAAACUACGGGCCGCCGUACGAUUGAGCUGAGGUGUCAUGCAAAAUAAACCAAAACGGAAGUUGUGUUAGUGUAUAGCAUACAUGGAG